AUGACAUCCUCAGACAGUCACGAUGGGAUGGCUUCCUCCCUGGUAGUAGAGCUCCAUCCAAACGAAGAGCCAGAAAAGUCCAUCAACAUCGAAUUUUCAAAGAGGAGCCAGAACCCAGGAAUAAGCAUCGAUGCCGUUGCUGUUACUUCUGAUGCUACCAUCACCGGCAGGGCCACAUCCGCUGAACAACAAGCCAUGACAGAGUCCAUCCGUAUAACGGAGGACUCGGGCGUUGAAGCUUUAAGAUGUCGGAAUGAAAUUACUCAGAGGUCGUCCGAGCCCAUUGAGAAAGAACAGAAAAAUUUCGAGUUGGGGCAACGUGGGGCCAGUGACAGCCAAGAUCUCAUCGGAGAAGGUUCGGCUUUGACAAUCAACAGAGAGCUAGGGUUGGUUGAGGGCUACGAACUCGAGGUCUUACACGAACCAAGGCCUCCAAAUAUUCCCAAGGCAGACGUCGUCAUUGUUAACGGGAGUGGACAAGCUUGGGAGGUUCCGUGGACUUUUCAAGAGAAAACACCCCACCCAACCCAUCAAGCACCUGAAAUGCCAAAGAGGGGAGUUUUGGACAACAGCAAGAUGCUGCCUCGUGAUAUUGGUAGCUGGGGCCGGAUAAUGAACUUUCACUGGCCCUGGAACUUCCUUGCCGACAUCUCCGAUGACGAAGUCGACAACUUUCUCGCUAAAACAGCUGACAGACUUCUGACUCAACUACGGAAGAUUCGCAAAGACAAAUCCGCAAGCAGUGAUUUCCUCGUCCUCAUAGGAACUGGGUUUGGGUGUUGCAUUAUCCACAAGCUUAUCGUUAACCUUCAUUCGGUCGGCCCUUUGAAGCAGACUGUGCUGGAUGAAAUUGCCAGCAUCGUGCUAGUGGAUUCCCCAGAUCCACGAGGUCCACCGAAUUUGCUUGAAACUUUUAGUGACUUUUACCAUACGAUCUUGGAAAGAGAGCUGUUUACUGCUUCGCUUUAUCAAGAGUUGUCGCCUGACGAGGUGUGUACUUUCUCGUCCAAGCCUACCUACCCCUUCGUGCGCUAA